CGUGCAGCGAUGCUGUAGAUGCGGCAGAGUGGAGAAGACACUGUUUGAUACUGAAUGCAGCAGCCGGGGAGGAUAACAACAUCCUGACAGACAGACACCGCGGAGGACACCGACACUUCACUCUACAGCAGUCAGUACAGAGAGCUGGUAUGGACAACAGGGCAUUGGAACCCGAGUGUGAGUAUCCCAAUGGAGGAGUAUGUAUCCCCAUGGAGGAGGCCAUCGUGUGUAAUGGAGGCGGCCAGCCUCAGCAGCACCUGAAGAAGGUUGAAAACCAGAUCACUGAAGCACAGCGCUUCUCCCACCUACCCAAACGAUCAGCGGUGGACCUGGAAUUCAAUGACCUUUCCUACACCAUCCAGGAGGGGCCGUGCUGGAGGAGGAGAGGUUUCAAAGCCUUGCUGAAGUGCCUGUCUGGAAGGUUCUGCAGUCGGGAGCUGAUAGGAAUCAUGGGGCCCUCUGGGGCCGGAAAGUCCACCUUAAUGAACAUUCUGGCUGGAUACAGGGAAACAGGGAUGAAGGGUCAGAUCCUGGUAAAUGGGAAACCCAGGGAUCUGAGGAAAUUCAGGAAAAUGUCCUGCUACAUCAUGCAGGAAGACAUGCUGCUGCCACACCUCACUGCACGAGAGGCCAUGAUGGUUUCAGCCAACUUAAAGCUGGAUGAAACUAUGGAUGUGAAGAAAGAACUGGUGAAUGAGAUCCUCACUGCAUUAGGGCUCCUUGACUGUGCUCACACUCGUACCAGCUCGCUGUCUGGUGGUCAGUGUAAAAGGCUGGCCAUCGCCCUUGAACUGGUCAACAAUCCUCCAGUCAUGUUCUUCGAUGAGCCCACCAGUGGCUUAGACAGCGCAUCAUGCUACCAGGUGGUCUCACUAAUGCGCUCUCUGGCUCUGGGUGGACGCACCAUCAUCUGUACCAUCCACCAACCUAGUGCCAAACUGUUUGAGAUGUUUGACAAGCUUUACAUUCUCAGUCAGGGACAGUGUAUCUACAAAGGCACAGUCCCUUACCUCAUCCCCUACCUGAAGACUCUGGGCCUUUACUGUCCAACCUACCACAACCCUGCAGACUUCAUCAUUGAAGUGGCAUCUGGAGAGUAUGGGGACUUGAACCCUGUGCUAUUUGAGGCCGUCCAAGGUGGGAUGUGUGCGUUAGAGGAGAAGAAGAACCAAUGUGACAAUGGCCCGUCAGUCUGUGCAACAAAGUGCCCAAUGGAUGCCGGACACAUAGAGAGCCAUACUUUUGCCACAAGCACACUAACUCAGUUCUGUAUCCUCUUCAAGAGAACAUUCAUAACCAUAUGUCGAGACCAGGUUUUGACCCACCUCAGACUGAUGUCCCACAUCGCCAUAGGUGUGUUAAUAGGCCUGCUCUAUCUGAACAUUGGCAAUGAUGCCAGCAAGGUCUUCAACAACACCGGGUUCCUCUUCUUCUCUAUGCUCUUCCUCAUGUUUGGAGCGCUCAUGCCAACCGUGUUAACCUUUCCUCUGGAGAUGUCUGUGUUCCUGAGGGAGCAUCUUAACUACUGGUACAGCCUGAAGGCCUACUACCUGGCCAAGACCAUGGCAGAUAUCCCAUUCCAGGUUAUCUGCCCCAUCAUGUACUGCAGCAUCGUGUACUGGAUGACGGAGCAGCCUCCUGAGGCCAGCCGCUACCUGCUCUUCAUAGCCCUGUCCACCUGCACUGCCCUGGUAGCCCAAUCCCUCGGCCUUCUGGUCGGGGCCGCCUCCAGCUCACUACAGGUAGCAACAUUUGUUGGACCCGUCACAGCGAUCCCAGUGCUGCUUUUCUCUGGAUUCUUUGUCAACUUUGACACAAUCCCCAAGUAUCUGCAGUGGAGCUCCUAUGUGUCUUAUGUCAGGUAUGGCUUUGAGGGGGUGAUCCUGUCCAUCUAUGGGAUGAAUCGGUCAGAGCUGGAGUGUCCUGGUAAAGUGUGUAAGUUCCAAAAGCCUGAAGAGGUUCUGCAGUUAUUGGAUGUGGAAGAUGCAAAGCUCUACAUAGAUUUCAUUGUCCUGGGCGUUUUCUUCAUCAUCCUACGGCUGGCCACCUACCUAGUCCUCCGCUACAAGGUCAAGUCUGAGCGAUAGGUUUUUUCGCUUGGCUCGGCUUCCAAAUCUCAAGGCCCUGCUUAAUGCCAUCCCAGCCCUGGUCUCUUUUCUGUGCACAGACAACAACCUCUCAUAUGGGAAUUUGUUUCAUUUCAUUUUACACAUUGCUGCUAAAAGGGCAUAACAUAAAUUCUGAUCUGUUCUACUGCCAACAACAGUGCAGUGACUGAUGAGAGUCAUCUUAUGAAUCUACAUACUUCUGUUUUACCUCAGAUAUCAGGACUUUACUUUUGUGCAUAAAAGCCAGAUCAGCAACGAGGUGGGCAAAGAGACUGAGCCAGAUUCAGCAGCAUUUACUGUAUGUUUCAUAUUCCUGCAGAAUUGUUUUGAGAAAGAGGCAAAUGUAAUGCAGUAGCACUUAUUGGAUUGGACGUGCCUGUUUAUUCUACACUGUGUGCUGCCAUUCUAACAGUGUAAGGACUUUGGUCCAUCAAACUGCCCCCUUGGAAAAUAAAUACAAACAGUAAGAGAGUGUUUACAUUGCUCUAUUUGUAAAAAAAAAAAAAAAAAACACAUCAAGGACCAAUGGUGAAAGAAGUGCGAUGCAUUUUGCCUGAAAGAGUGAAUACUGGAGGAAAGUAGUUUGGGGGUUUUUACCAUAUAUUUUUUGUCAUAUGACAUAACUUGGUUGACAGUUCGGAGUCUCAAAACAUUUACUUCCUGCAUAUGAAAAUAAAAUCUUUGUUUAAGCUAGAUUGUUUUUUAACAUGUUGAUAGUUGUAAAUUAAGCCUUAUCAUGAUUGUCUACUGAAAUUUGGUAUUUUUUUGUACUUCCACAAUAUAACCUGAAAUCUUAAAAAUCUCAAUUGAAAUAAGAACUUGUUCAGCCUUAAUCAUUUUAUACUGUACUGUAUUAUCUUUAGUAUUAUAUGCAUUAUAUAGAUGUAUUUAAGCUAAAUAUUUGAAUUAAUGUAUCAUUUUUUCCUUUGUGUCCACACUACAUCCACUCAUGUCACAAGGACACAACAUGCAGUUAUGUUUGGUGCCACCUGAAGUUUCUUCUGUUUAAAAAAAAAAAAAAGAAAAAAAGUCUGGACUGCACAUCAUGAAAAUACUGAGCACUUGGAGAACAACCAAAGAAAAAUUAUUAUAACUGGAAGUAUGCUCACAUUUUAUUUACAGUGUAUCGACAGUCUUUCUGAUGUUUUUUCAUGACCACUUUUAUUUCAAUGCAUUCUCUUUUGAAACAUUUAUUUUGGAGUUUAACUGUACUGUACAGAUAUGUAAAGUGUCAGAUAUUCCAAUAAACACUGAUCUAACUAGUUCAA